AUGUCCACGUAUCCAGGUGACAGAGUUGGUUCGACUCGUGGGGUAAAAUGUCUCAUUCGGAAACAAUAACGUUUCGUGGCGCACCCGAACGUGCAGCAGCUGCUGGCGUCCAUCUGGUACGAGGGGCUGCCCGGCUUCCGGCGCAAGAACAUGGUGCUGCAGGCGCUGGAGAUCGUGCGCAUCGGCAUCCUCUUCCCGCUCUUCUCCUUCAUGUACGUCGUCGCGCCGCACUCGCGCUUCGGCCAGACGAUGCGCAAGCCCUUCAUCAAGUUCAUCUGCCACUCCGCCUCCUACUUCACCUUCCUCUUCCUGCUGAUCCUGGCGUCGCAGCGCAUCGAGUCCGUGAUCGGCGACUGGUUCGGCAACGACACCGACCGCCGGCCGCAGCCGCGCCAGGUGGACGUGACGGCGAUGCGCGGCGGCCCGCCCUCCGUCGUCGAGUGCAUGAUCCUCGCCUGGGUCUGCGGACUCAUUUGGAGUGAGGUGAAGCAGCUGUGGGACGUGGGCCUCGAGGAGUACGCCAACGACAUGUGGAACGUCAUCGACUUCGUCACCAACUCGCUGUACGUGGCCACGGUGGCGCUGCGCGUCGUCGCCUACUACCAGGUGCAGAAGGAGCUGGCGCUGCGCAGGGAGACGGAGGGCCCGGCGCCGCGGGACCUGCCGCGCGAGGAGUGGGACACGUGGGACCCGAUGCUCAUCGCCGAGGGCCUCUUCUCCGCCGCCAACAUCUUCAGCUCUCUGAAGCUGGUGUACAUAUUCUCCGUCAACCCGUACCUGGGACCUCUGCAGGUCUCCCUGAGCCGCAUGGUGCUGGACAUCAUGAAGUUCUUCUUCCUCUACGUUUUAGUACUCUUCGCCUUCUCUUGCGGGCUGAACCAGUUGCUGUGGUACUACGCGGACAUGGAGAAGCAGCGCUGCCCCAAUGGAACAGCCUCAUCCCCUCCCCCAGGCUCCAUGGACCCCAAGGAUCCCGACGCCUGCGUGGUUUGGCGCCGGUUCGCCAACCUGUUCGAGACGACGCAAACGCUCUUCUGGGCCGUGUUCGGCCUGGUUGACCUCGACAACUUCGAGCUGGCCGGCAUCAAGAGCUUCACGCGCUUCUGGGGGAUGCUCAUGUUCGGCACGUACUCCGUCAUCAACAUCGUGGUGCUGCUCAACCUGCUCAUCGCCAUGAUGAACCACUCCUACCAGCUCAUUUCCGAGCGGGCCGACGUGGAGUGGAAGUUUGCGCGGAGCAAGCUGUGGAUCUCGUACUUCGAAGAGGGCGGCACCGUGCCGCCGCCCUUCAACAUCGUGCCCACUCCCAAGAGCGUCUGGUACUUCAUCCAGUGGCUGCAGCGCCGCCUCUGCGGGCACUCCCGCGCCGCCAAGAAGGAGCACAUGCGCACCAUCCGGCGGAAGGUGAAGCAAGCGAGCGAGAGGGACUUCCGGUACCAGAGCAUAAUGCGCAACCUGGUGCGGCGCUACGUCACGGUGGAGCAGCGCAAGGCGGAGAACGAGGGCGUCACCGAGGACGACGUCAACGAGAUCAAGCAGGACAUCUCGGCCUUCCGCUGCGAGCUCAUCGAGAUCCUCAAGAAUUCCGGCAUGAACACGUCCACGGCCGCCGGCAUGGGCACCGGCUCGGGCGGCAAGAAGAACCGGCAGAAGGAGCGCCGCCUGAUGAAGGGCUUCAACAUCGCGCCGGCGCCGCAGACGUCGGGCGCGCCGCUCGGCUCGGUGGCGGAGCUGAUGGCCAGCCUGGCGCACCACCAGUCGCACGCGCUGCCCGCGCACCUGCACGACCUCUUCGGCUCCACCACGUCGGCCAUCUUCGCCGGCUCGACGCCCAAGAAGUCGCCGCACCACAGCGCCGCCGGGCUGCUGUCGCCCGGCCUGUCGGCCGCCUCCGCGGACGCCCACAACGGCGACCACCACCGCGGGGGAGGGGGUUGGGGGAGGGGAAGGAGGUUCCACAUGAAGCGGUCGUCGUCGCACAAGCGGCGCUGGGGCACGCUGAUCGAGGCGGCGCGCUCGGGCCGUGUGAGCCGGCUGAUCGGCCGCAGCCGCUCCGAGGACUCGGUGUGCGGCUGCCACGGCCACGGACACGGCCACGGCCACGGCCACGGCCACGGCGCGUGCACGGCGGCGGCCGCAGGGGUGGCCAACAGCGCCAGCCCUGCCUCCACAGAGUCGCCGUCCGACUCGAACCCCAGCCUCAGCGAGGGCCUGCACCACGCGCUCGGGGGCGGGCCCCUCGCCGCACUCAAGCGAAAGAGGAAGAAGUUCUCCGCGUCGCGCGCCAUCGAUGCUGUCGAGGAUCAGACUGCAAAUUUCCACCAGGAUGCACAGCAGCAAUGUCAAGAACCACAGGUGUCAUCGAGCUCAACUACAACGGCGACAUCAACAACAGAGACAGACACGACUGUCAUUUCUGGCGAGCAGCAGCAGCAACAGGGAGUGGCAAAGCUGCCACGCAAUGGCUCUGUGGUGGUGGCAGCACUGCCGCACCUGCCGGGAAUCCAGCCACUCAGUGGACACGACGGCUCAGCUGGUUGGCUGUGA